AGUUGAUGGCGGCACUUAAUAUAGACAUGUUCGAAGAAGGAAACUCAAGCUCAAAUACGGAAACAACAAACUCUAACACUCCUCCUUUUACCAGACUCCUACGGCUUAUGGUCGCCUUUCUGCUAACUUUCUGGUCGACUUUUCCGAUCCAGGUGGAGGAUGAAUCUCACUCUGACUUGGAAGAAAUUUUGACUGAUCGGAACAGGAUCAAUUCCCAGAAGAAAUUCGAUCCUUGUGAAUCGAGAUGUUUAUGUUUAAAGUUCUCACACGAGAUUUCCCCAGUGGUAUUUACCGGAGAGUGUAUUUUUCCCGAUGGCACCAAAUUGGAAUUGGUUGAUUUUGUUACAGGACAACAAGUGAGACAUGUGCCUCUAGCCUCAUCAGCACAAGUAGAAAUAUUUGUACUUGAUGACGAAAAUUGGAUAAUUGAAGAACUAAACAAUCAUAUUAUGAUGCAAACAAGAGGUGGAACAUCAAGGCGCGACCAAAAUCCAUAUCUGAAUUUGGAAGGAGGCGUUGUUUCUGUCAACGAAAUUAAAUUCAAACAUACUCCAAAGCAUAUGAAGAAGUUGAACGUGGUAAAGCUAGGAGCAAGGGUUGUCGAUCAACCUGAAGUGAUAGAGGCAGUGACAGGACCCUUUACUGUCAAGGAUAAACGUUCAAAAAGCAAGAAGCGGUACCCUCCAUCACCAACGGAUGAUGUAUGGAGACUAGAGCAUAUUUACAAAAAAGGUGCUUUCCAUAAUCGGUUGACUGAAAACGGUAUAAAAACAGUGGAGGAUUUUCUAAUUGAACUCCAAAACAAUCCUGAGAGGCUAUGCCAUAUCCUUGGCAAAAGCAUGUCUGAAAAUUAUUGGAAAAAAGUUACAACGCAUGCUAAGACUUGCAAUCUUGAUGGAAGGAAGUACUUGUACCGUCAUCUGGAGACGGAACAAAAAUUUACGGUGGCGUUUGAUGUUGCUGGUCAGGUGAUGUGGUUGGACUCAGGGUGCGGUUUACUUCAUUUCAACAUGCUUCCUGAUACUCAAAAGGCGUAUGCACAAAAGUUAGUGGAAAUUGCAUUUGCAAACUGGGAAAAUGUUGAAAAAUUGGACAACGAGAUUUCUAUUAACGUAUCACCCUCUCUGAGGAUAGGGGGCAUGAGCAGAUGUCACCUAGGAAAUUUGGUCACGGUUGACGAAUGCCAGUCUUUAGAGUUUCAAAAUACUUCAGGAACAACUGAAAUUAACCGGUGGAUAGACAGUGCUGAAUGUUCGACUUCUUAUGCAAUUGCUGACCGGCAAUCAGAGUCAGAUGAGAUGUCUGUUGCUAUCACUUCUCCUGGGCAUUCACGUUUAGGUACUUGGGAGCAUCUGGAAUCCCUCAAUUGUAUCACAUCUGCGAUUUCAGAAUCAGAAGAUUUGGAGAAAAUAAUACAAUUAAUUAAUCUUGAUGCAAUUCAUUAUGAUGAUAUGUCAUAUAGAGAGCAUGGCCAAACCAACAACUCUGCUGCUGAAACAGAUGCCACACAGUUUCAUGGAUUGCAACAUGGUGACACAAAUGUGCACACUUUCAUUACUGAAGAUGGCACAAAUACUAAUCAACAACGCCAAAUGAACAACGUUUUGAUGGUUCCAGAGGCCUCAGACAAGUACAAGAAGAAUUGGAUCAAGAUAUCUAGCAUACUGAAAUGGUUAGAACUGAAGAGGUUUGUUAAACUUAAAAAGCUCCGUAUGACCAAGAAGCGCAAAUUAAUUUCCAAAUAAGCCACAGCAAAACAAGAACCACUGGUUCUGUCCCAUUUAGCUAUGGUGGAAAUUGAUCAACGGUCAUAUCAGGCUGAAAUUAGUGUAUAUGUGUGAUCUUUAUGAAUAUCUUGUGGUCAUGUUUCAACACGAACUAUUUGACACAUGAUUUACAUUUUCAUUACGUUUAAUUCAUCUCACGCCCUUUCCUUUUUAAGUCGUUUCAAAAUGAAUGUUAUUUUUCCUUCUUUGACAAUUAUUUAAUGACACCUCCUCUAUUUA